GUUCCUGAAUGGAGUAGGACUGGGUCUUGUUCUAGCCACAGUAUCAGUUUAUAUUGUGGAGAUAGCAACUACUGAUAUGAGAGGAAUUCUGGGGUGUUUUGUUCAGUUUCAGGGAAGUAUUGGUGUACUGAUGACUUUCAGUCUUGGUUAUGUACUAACUUGGUGGCAGCUGGCAGCAGCACAUCUUGUUCUUGUUCUUCCGUUCUUUAUUGCUAUGUGCUGUGUCCCUGAAUCCCCUCGCUGGUUGAUCCUAAAAGGACGGGAAUGGGAGGGAGAGGUCGCCUUGAAAUGGUUGAGAGGUAGAAAUCCAGAGAGUUUAGACAGGGAAAUCGACCAAAUAAAAAGAGAAAUUGCAAUCAGAAAACGUGAACGUAUUUCAACCACGAUGCUACUUGAAUCAGAGAUUUUGAAACCGUUCUUGGUGUGCCUGAUGAUGAUGUUCUUCCUACAGAUGUCCGGGUUCAACGUGAUAGUGUACUACUGCGGGAUCAUCUUCAAGGAUGCAGGCUCCACCAUACAUCAUAACCUUGCUAGUAUUAUAGUUGGAUCAGUUCUGCUGAUAUCCUGUUUUGUCUCCCUGGCUGUAGUCUCUAGAUUGAACCGGAAAACCCUUCUCGUCACUUCAAUACUCGGGAUGUCUGUUUGCCACGUGGGUCUCGGAACAUACUUCCAUUUUUAUACAAACUCACCUAACUACGCCUCUGAUGGGAAACCUUUCGACGCCCCUGGUGGAAACAUGGAUGCCCCUGAUCUACCUCCUCUGGGUUGGUUGCCCCUGGUUUCCGUAGUAGGGUUCCUGUUCCUUGGGAAUGUUGGAUAUGGAACACUGAUCUGGGUUGUUACAGCGGAACUUCUUCCACCAAAGGUUCGAUCCAUCGCAAACUCCAUCAUUAUCUGCUUUGCCUUUGUAUCUGGUUUCAUUAUUGCUAAAACCUUUGUAGACCUGGAGCAGUCCAUUGGAUAUUCAGGAACUUUCUGGUUUUAUGCCGCGGUAUGUUUUCUAGGCGCCAUCUUUACUUUUAUAUUCGUACCGGAAACACGAGAUAAAUCAAUCGAGGAAAUUCAAAACCAUUUCCGGUCUCAUCGCAACAGGAAAUCGACGACAGCGUUUCCAUUGGAAACUGUUGCAUAAAAUAGUUAUCACUAUCAUGUAUUUAUAUUUAAGUGAAUCUAGAAACCAACUGUGUACUUAAAAAAUUGUAUUGUAAAAAGUGCUAAAUUUGUCAGUUUUUUAUAACAUUUUUAUAACAUUUUUAAGAAUAAAAUCCUAAAAUUAAA